AUGAAUUAUAACCAGAAAUCCAAUUAUAAUAAAAAUUUCACAAAGUCAAAUGAGUUUCAGCACAGUAAGCCAUACAAUAAUUACAAACCUCGGUAUAAUUACAAACAAACUCAAGGUAAGGGCAACAAUGUAUUAUACAUGGGUGGUUUAGAUUACAGUUGGAACGAAGCUGUUAUAAAGGAUAUAUGGAAUAAAGUGGGAGAACCUGCAACAAACGUACGAAUGAUGUGGAAUAUGCAAUUCCAGCACAAUAAUGCAGGACCUACAGAAGGUAAAAGUAAUCUAGGAUAUUGUUUUGUUGAAUUCUCAACACAUGAAACGGCAUCAAAUGCAAUCAUGAAGAAUGGAACAAUGAUACCAGGUUAUAAAGGAAGGUAUUUCAAAUUGAAUUGGUCCAGUGGGUCAUCUCUGUCCAGUUCAGCUACGCAUACAGAAAACCAAGGUCCGCAGUCCAACGAUUACUCAGUUUUUGUUGGCGAUCUAGGACAAAACGUCACAGAAUCACAACUAUACAACUUAUUUAAAUCGCAUUACGCAUCGACUUUAUCUUCCAAAAUCAUUCAUGAUCCAUUAACAUAUAUUUCAAAAGGCUAUGGUUUCAUUAAAUUCCAUGAUCAAAAUGACUACAAUGAUGCCCUUUCUAAAAUGCAAAAUAAAAUACUGAAUGGCAGAGGUAUUAAAGUAAGAACUGUUGGUAAUAAUGAUAACAAUACAACAAAUAAGAAUGUUCAGUUUUCUAAUUUUCGAAAAGAUACAUUUGUUCCUAAAACCACUUCCACAACGAUAGCUUCAUCAGCCACUAUUGUCAAACCAAAGCAGAAGCAAGAUAGAAAGCUUUCGAAUUUAGUAAUUACUAAACAAGUUUUACCUGUUUUAAAUGACUCAACAAAUCCAGAUAAUACAACAUUGGUCGUAAGCAAUGCUUCGAAAGAUAUAAGUAUGAAUGAGUUUAAAUCAUACUUCCUACCUUUUGGUAAUUUAAUUGAAAUAUCUAAAGAUCCAAAUACCAAUAUAUUAUUCGUAACGUAUGUUGAUCGUAUUUGUGCAGAAAACUCGAUGAGAAUAUUACAAGGAAAGGUAAUCAGAGGCAAUAAAAUCCAAAUAGCAUGGGGUAGACCAUUACUUGAAAUUAAAAACAGUCUUAAACAACAAAACAAACAAAAAUCUAAACGACAUCCUAAAAGAAAUUCAAAUGUUUAUGAAUACAUACCAGAAGCCAUCAAUGCCGACAGUUCUUUGCAAUUAUUAUCAAAUAAAGAGACAGAUGUAAUGUUACCUGGAAUUUCAAGCUUAUCGUUCAAAAAUUUAGAAAUUCAAAUUGGAAGUUCAAGAAAUUACAAUUAUAGUGGUCUUCAACAUUCUUCCAACAACUCCACAGAUAAAACACUAGAAGUAAACUUUCAACCUAAUUCUGUAUAUUCCCAUCAAAUAAAUGCAUCCAUUGAGAGAUUAGAGAAAGGGAGCAACGGAUGGCUCUUAAGUUAA